CAACCGUGGAAUCACCACGCUGAGUUCUUGAAUGGUCCCACUGCAAGCUAUUAACCUGCAAAAUAAGCUAAACUAUGCUACAGUACCUUUUCAUUAGCCUUCCAGCCAUACCAGUUAAUGGCGCCGCACCAUCUUAUAACACCACAAACCCCCGUUAUGAUGCAGAUGAUAUUGAAACCGUAUCUAGACACAAGUUUUGCCUCCUCAUAUCCAGUGCAGUUGGGCAACAGCUGGGUAGUUACAUGGGCAACUAAUGGAGGAGCAAGUUGAUAUCAAUUGGCCGAAACCAUAUGCGGAGCCUGUCCGC